AUGAACAAUUUCAGCUCCUCCCUCGGCAGCGACCUCCUCAGCAACGCUGCAAAGUUGAAAACGGCGCGCACCGCCCGCGUUUCCAGUUGGGAUCACAGCGGUCUCAACGAAGAUGCCUGGGUGAUCCAACCAGGCGAGACGGCUGUCCUGGCGGACCUCGAGGGACCUGGCACCAUCACCCACCUGUGGUUCGUCCAGACAUGCCGCCGCAUCAUGGGCCCCGGCCUCAUCCCAUACUCCAAGUCCGGCGUCGCCAUGAUGGAGGUGCACAACGCUCUCGGCCUGAACUACGAAGUCAGCGAUCCGGACUACUAUCGCAAGGUGCUGAUCAAGAUGUACUGGGAUGACUCGGAGACCCCAAACGUUUUGGCUCCCAUCGGCGAUUUCUUCUGCCUGGGCCACUCCAUGGCAGCCAAUUUCCAGUCACUCCCAUUUACAGUAUCCGUAAAGCCAUCUGAGGAGAAGAAAUUCGGCGGUGCCGCGGCGUUCAACUGUUACCUCCAGAUGCCCUUCAACAAGCGCGCUCGCAUCGAGGUCGAGAACCAGAACGACCAAGCUUACAUUCAAUACUUCUACAUUGACUAUGAGUUGCUCCCCGAGCCGCUCAGCAAGGACACCCUCUUCUUCCACGCGCACUGGCGCCGCGAGAACCCUACUAGCGGUUGGGCUCCUGAGAGCAUCCAGACCAAUAGCUUGGAAACACAGGUGCCCAAUCUCGAUGGUAAAGGCAACUACGUCAUCUUGGAGACGGAGGGCGCUGGUCAGUACAUCGGCUGCAACCAGAGCGUUGCCCACUUCCAGGGGACUUGGUGGGGUGAAGGCGACGAUAUGAUCUUCAUCGACGACGACACAUGGCCCCCUUCGAUGCACGGCACUGGCGGCGAAGACUACUUUAGCCAGGGUUGGGGCAUGCAGAAGAACGCGUACCCCUUCUGCGGCACCAUCAUCCACGAGGAGGAUGUGCCAAACCAUCAGGUUAGCUACCGAUGGCACCUUGCCGACCCUGUCCGUUUCAGCAAGAAAAUCCGCGUCACCAUGGAGACGGGGCAUGCGAACCACCUGCGGGACGACUGGUCUACUACAGCGUACUGGUAUCAGACCCUGCCUGGUCCCAAGCUCAACAUCCUGCCGGCAGAGGAUCGAAUUCCCCGCAAGCCUGACUUCCCAGCUGGAGAGCACCCUGCACCACCACAGCUAGAGACUCUGGAUCCCAAGAGAAAGGCCAUGGUGGAGCAGCAGAGAGAUCGGAUGGAUGCCUUUGUGCGGGACAGGGAUGCAUGGCUAGAGAGGCGGGCUCAAGACACGCGAGAGCGUGCGAAGAAGAACAUUGAACAUUCUAAGGAUAUUCGCCGACGCUUUCUCGAAGGACUUCAGGGGCAGCAGAAGAAAUGA